UAUUAGGUUUGCCGAAAUAGAGACUCAACCGCCCCUUCUAAAAUUCCUUUCCCCAAUCUUUUCCGCUUUUUCCAGAAUCGCAAAAAACGCUAUUUCCACUCCAAGGUACAACCAAUGGAAACGUCUUCCAGAAACAGAUCCUCGCACGGUACAACCCUCCACAGCCACUUCCAGCGCUCCCUCUCCCCCUCCGGCCGAUUCUUCCCCUCCUCCAUCUCGGCGUCUUCCGCCGCGACGUUCUCCGCCCGCUCCGAUCCCCGCACCGGAUCCGACUCCGUCCUCGCCCGAUCCACCAGCCCUACCCGCGUCAGCCUCGGCAGAUCCGUUUCCCCGUCUUCCUCCGUCCGAUUCUCCGCUCCCCGGAGGCAUCCGAUCGCCUCUCACCACCAGAAGCAGCAGCAGAGCCACCGCUCCCUGCCGAAGAAGACGUGCAUGUGCUCCCCUACGACGCACCCAGGCUCAUUCCGGUGCAGCCUCCACAAGAACAGCAUCGUCCCCGGCUACGGAAGCCAGGCGUCGCCGUCGCCGUCGUCGUAUCGGUCUAGCCAUCAAUUGAAUAUGCGGCGCUCGGCGAUGACGAAUUCGCUCGUGCGAAUCGGCACGGUGGAGGGGGAUUUGGUGAAGAGAGCUCUCGCGGCGCUGAUUCGGCCGUCGUCGCACAGCUUGCGCCGGCGGCACGACUUUCAACCGCGGCCGAGCCGGCUUUCCGUCAUGUCGAAAGCCGAUGGGUUAUAAUUUGAGGAAAAAUUGAUUUCUGUCGUUUUUUGUGUACAGGACUGACUCGGUGAGUGACGCGCUGAGUGAACUCGGCCGAUUUAGCCGGUUUUUUACGUGGCUGUGGAAAUUUUGAAUUUGGAAAACCCUCUUUGUGUGAGUUCUGCGGUUGUAGUAAAUGAACUCAUAGCGGUUUUCCUUUUUUUAUUUUAUAUUUUAUUUUUUCUCUAUUUUAUUAGCGGUGAAUUGGUAUAUGAUUGAGAAUGGGGUUGAUAGUAAAAUUUAAGAUUUUAAAUUAAAAGCAAAUCUAAUUCUGAAUCAUGUUUGAGCAGAUUUGCUGCAAUUUUGGGAAAUUUGUAAAUAUAGAAUUUAAGUUCA